UUCUUGUUUAUAUGGUAUAGGGGGACAUUUGACCUGAAAUCUCACCAGCACUAUGAGGACAUUUUGGUUUAUGAGGACAUUUUCAAUGUCCCCAUAAGUCGGGCACUGUAGAAGUACUUAUUUCAUUGUUAUUAACUAUGUCCUGCUUUUUUAACUCAUGUCCUAAUAUACCAUAAAGACCUGGUUUUGUUGUGUAUCACACACAGCCCAUACUCCCCCUAUGUCUGGUUGUUGGUAGUGCAGCUUGAUACGAUUUUUUUUCAUUGGCUCAUGGGUUGUAUGCAUGUCUGAUCACCGAUUGGCUACUGCUUCUGUCAAUAACGGGGACGAUCGUUGAUUCGCGGUUGCGGCUGUGAGUCACCGCAUUCUGGCGGCAAACUAUCAACUUUCUAUGUCGCGAGCCUAUAGCUAGUGAAACCCCGCCAAGUUAUGCUGAAGUUUAUUUUACCUCAGAAGACAUCACCUGAAAGAAACCGCGACGCGAAGAGGACUUUUCUAAUGGUUAUCUUCACUACUAAAUAGGUAAGUAAUUUUUCUAUUCACACAAUUGAUCAAAUGUAUUAUUUAGUUUACAAUUUUAUAGCUAAAAUAUAUAAAAUGUGCAGUUUAAACACAAACGUGAACAGGGUAGAGUAAUGACUGCUAUAGUACUUGUAGCUUGGUAAUUAUGUACUGUACUUCUCCUGUUCUGUUGUUCAAGCAGGCUAAUGGGUUAAUACUACUGAGAUUAAACUUGCGUUGAUGUUAUUGUUGGAGUGUCUCGCAGUUUUAUAGUCAGUCCUGAGUGUUUUUGUAGUCUGGCUAAUUUUUUUUUUUUUUGCAUGUGCUUAAAACAUUUGUUAAUAUCGUAUUUCUGUCCGAAACGUGAGUUAAUUGUUGUCGUCUGCUUGUUAGCGGUAAGUUAAGUAAUUGUUUCAAGCUAACGUUAGCGAAUGUAAUGAUGGACAUUCAAUGGGCUCUGAAGUGCCAGCAGUUUCUUCUCUCAAAAUGAUUUCGCUUUUAGUGUUGUUUAGAAACUGUAUAAAAAGCCAAUACAUGGCUUUGUGUUUGGCCGUGUUUGAGGAAUGACAAGUGUUCCUCUUGUCAUGAUCUGAUAAUUUGACUGAUGUAUCCCUCAUUCACCCAAAUAGGUGAGUAAUAGUAAUAUAAUAUGAAUAUAGUGUAUUGUCAAAACACUUGGCCGAUGUAUUUUGUAAUUUUAUUUAGGCAUAGUGGCUGGGUAAGUUUGACUCUGUGUUAAAUAGUGAAGGCCUUUUUAACACAUGUUAAAAAGGCAUUCAGGCGUUGUUGCUCAACUGCGGGGGUCCUGUGCGGUCUAAUAGUAAGAACAAGGGGAACGAGUGGCAAGUACAUUGAUAGGUCUACCUGUUGUGGCUGAGUAGCCCCAUACUAAAGCCACAAUUGAUAUUGAGUUGGAGAACUGUCUUUCAUCACUCAUAGUUCACUAUUACAGUUGGGUUCAAAUAACCCUGUAUGUUGGGUUGUGAUGUAAACGCAGCACAUUUGGUCAGAUGAUUGACUUGGUAUUUCAUAAGUGAAGAAAUAUUUAGACUUUGUAUUUCACAAGUGAAGAAAUAUUUAUACGGUUAGUAACUGAAUGUGGCUGCAUAUACAUGGGGUUGGAAUGACAACAACCAGGACAGUUGCUCUGGAGCUGAUUUAGAGACCCUUGUUAAGGAACAUAUAAACAACAAUGAGCCUCAAAGAAAGGAGAGGAGGAAGGGGCAGAAAUCCUGAACAAGAUGCACUAUAUUAUAUUUCCAAUUCACUGGACAAAGUUGGUUUUCUAAAGAAGUUCAUUAACCCCUUCAAAGGUCAUGGAGUAUUCAGCAAUAGCUACUUUGGAAAAGGAGACUUCCUGCUGGAAUACAGAGGGGACUUUAUUACAUUUGAUGAGAGCAAAAGAAGAAGAAUACAAUACAGUGAUGCCCUUAAUGUUUUCAUGUUUGACCUAAGUUUCAAUGGGAAACUGUGGUGUAUUGAUGCAGCAAACACUGAAUCACUUGCCAGAUUUGUCAACGAUGACCAUAUCAAUCCGAACAGCAAAAUGAAAAGGCUAACAGUUGGAGGGAAGCCCCAUCUCUGUUUAUUUGCAACGUCCGACAUAAAACCUGGAGAGGAAAUUUCCUAUGAUUAUGGUGACUCGGACUGGCCGUGGCGAAAUAAGCAAAUCCAUGUCCAAGAAAUGUCCGUUACUACAGAGACCGAGAACACUGAAGAGCAAAUCCAUGUCCAAGAAAUGUCCGUUACUACAGAGACCGAGAACACUGAAGAGGUGCUUUUUUUAUUUCAUUUCAAUCAUUAAAUAUACUGGAACUAGAGCUGUUUAUAUAAUGUAAGACUUUGGAUAUUGUCAAUGUUCAUGUAAUCAACCAGGCAUGAGGGGUGUGGUAUAUGCCCAAUAUACCAAAACUAAGAGCUGUUUUUAGGCACAAUGCUUCAUGGAAUAUGUUGGCAAUACACCAUAAACCUCUGCUGGGCCUUGUUGCUCUACUGAAAUAGUUCCCAAUGCAAUUAGAGAAUUAAAGUGAUAUCAUAGCCAUGGUAUACGGUCCCAUAUAUAUUGGCUAUCAGCCAAUAGGUAUUCAUGAUUCCACCUACCUGGUUUGUGAGACUGUAUACCAUGGGUAUGACGUCACAUUGCUUUUUACUGCCCUCAUUGUGUUUGGUAACCAAUUUAAUAGAGCAUUAAUGCAUCUCUGGGGUUUGUGAAAUAUUGCCUGUGUCCUGGCACUCUGUGUUUGAUCGUGCCUAAGAACCGCUUUUAGCCGAGGUAUAUUGGUCAUAUAACACCCCCCUCCCCCCGAUUUAUUGCCUCCACGUAUCACGGCAGUCGGACAAUCAGCAUCCAAUAUACAAACCACCUGGCUUAGACAAUUGAAAUCUUUGAGUAAGAUCUUAAAUUGGAAAGGCAAUUCAGUAACUUACCCUUGCCAGAUGUGCUGACAUCAAAAUAUUUGAGUGCUUCCUAUUAUUAAUAUUCUUCAUGGUUUUAAUGGUGACGUGGAUUUGUUUCUCUGUGCUUCUAUAUGUGGAU